GAGAGAGAGAGGUGUUUGUGUCAAGAGGAUUUCCAUUGAAAUGGAGUGUUUCAGUCUUUUGGUUCAGUUGAUGUUGGUAAGCGUUGCCUCUGCCGGGAUAGAUGGAAUACAUUGGACAUAUACAGAAGGGGCCCUGGACCAAGUGCACUGGGCGGAGAACUAUCCUGCGUGUGGUGGCCGGAAACAGUCCCCCAUUGACAUCCAGAGGCAGAACGUGCGACACAACCCCCACAUGAUACACCUAGAGCUCACCGGAUAUGACGCUCAGAAGGGUAACUUCCUCAUGAAAAACAACGGACACUCAGUUGAAAUCGUCCUCCCUCCCAGCAUGGUGAUCACCAAGGGUCUCCCCGGGCAUUACACGGCCGUCCAGAUGCACCUCCACUGGGGCGGCUGGGACCUGGAGGAGAGCGGGGCAGAGCACACCCUGGACGGCAUCAGAUACAUGGCAGAGGUGGGCUAG